ACAUAGAUUUCAUGAGAAUUGCAAUUGAACAAGCAAAACUAUCUAAUCCGAUUCCAACAGCAUAUUGCGUUGGUGCGGUAAUAGUAAAGAAUGGAAUAAUUCUUUCAACAGGAUAUUCACGUGAGCUACCUGGAAAUACACAUGCUGAAGAAUGCGCAUUAAAAAAAUUAUCAGAUCAAUCACAAGCUGAAAAUUCAACAAUUUUUACAACCAUGGAACCGUGUAGUAAAAGAUUAUCAGGUAAUAAACCAUGUGUUGAAAGAAUUAUUGAAAGCAAAAUAUCAAGGGUUGUAUUGGGCAUUAAGGAACCGGAUAAAUUCGUCAAAUGUGAAGGAAUUGAUAUUUUAAAAAAAAAUGGAAUUGAAGUUACUGUUGCUGAAGAGUUAGCAGAUGAAUAUUUGAAAGUAGCAAAUAAGUAA